AUGUCCUACAACAAGCCCACUAGCCCGCCCCCAUCCUACGCAGGACAGCAGUCCUUUAACCAGCCCUCCGCCUUCCCGGGCUCCCCGCCGCCGCAGGGUCAGGGCGCCGCAAACGAUUACUACGGAGGCGGCCAGGGCUACUACCAGCAGCAGGGAUAUCCCCAGCAGCAAGGGUAUCCCCCACAGCAAGGAUAUCCUCAACAGGGCUACUACGGCCAGCAAAACCAGAUGUACUAUCCGCCGCAGCAGGGAUAUCCCCCUCAGCAGGGCUACUACGCCGGUGGCCAGAACCGUGGUGGAUCUGGCACCGGCGGCCUUUGCGCCGGUAUCAUGGCCGCAAUGGCAUGCUGCUGCUGCUUGGAUCUCCUCUUCUAA